UCUUAACCCUGACCCUAAGUAAUACAGAACUGAUUAAUUUUACAGUGCGGAGAACAUGUUGAAAGCUUAGGAAUUUGUUGCCCACCUAAUUAGUCCUAUGGUUCUUCUAAAUUUUGUUAUCAGUUGUUUAUUUGCAUAUUAAAAUGUUGUGUAGUACAACACCAAACAAACACAUAGGUUGUGGUAUUUAAUAUAGCAGAAUUAAUUUAAUUAGACCUUAUGGUUACACAGAAACUCAUUUUUCUUAAGCCACAGUAAGUGACAGCAAUUGAGGGCACCUGACUCAGCAAUAUAUCUAGUUACUAAUAAGUAGAAUGGAUGUGACUACAUGCUGAAACUAUUCAUACACAUGGCUCAGUUAUGAAUGGUUUAGUAUGCCAUUAUACUUCUUAAAAGUAAUUUCCAAGCUCAGCUACUAAACUUAAUUGCCUAAUUAAUUUAAUUAGACCUUAAAAGGAAGUCUGCCCAAGACAAAAAAGAUAACCAGUCAGCUAUACCCAUUGCUCUUUCCCUAUUACCUUAAAUAGAUCUGCUUUGUAGUAACUCCCUGUGAUUUUAGUAAAAAAAAUGUAGGGCUCAGAUUUGUUAGCUUGAUAUAUAGGAACCCACAGUUGUACCUUUUUGGAAUACCAAGAAAUAAGUACGGCCUUCCACCUUCAGUCUACCUUAAAACUGUAGAGCCUCCUAUUAAUUGCUAACAAAUUAUAAUUGUUCUUUCCAUUAUUUCCAGGUACAAAAUAUUUGACUUUUUCAUCUUAUCUUAAAUAUCUUUAUUUUGUCUUGGUCAAUGUGAGCUAUAACAGAGAUGUGGAAAAUAUAAAAAUAUCAAAACUACUUUUUUAUUAGAAGCAAAUAGUGUGAGUGUAGAGACAAAGGUGUCCUAACUCUGGCAGUUCUUAAUACAGUAUAAACAGAGGCAAUGUAAUUUUAUAUUUCUCUGACAAUAUUGGACAGGCUUAUCUUUCUUCUCAUUUCACUGUUCCAUUCAGUCUCAAUCUACCCUGCACAGUGCUUUCACACACUUGUGGUUCUUCCUAGGAGUAGGUCAUUCUUCCUGUUUUUCCAUCAGGAAAUUAUAAGAACUUUAAAACUUCUGCAAGUGUGUUUUCACCCCUCUUUUGCAAUCCCAUUUUUUCUGUAUUGCCAUUUUUAAAAAUUGCUUUCCUAAAAACUUAUGUGCAAUCUGCUCUAAGAGACUUAUUUUCCUGCUGAAACUAAAAUAUUAUAGUUAACCAAAUAAACCAGCUCGUGGAUAUAAUAUCCAAACAGGAGAAUCCGGUGUCAGACGGAAGGGUGUUGAAUGACAAGAGGCAACCGCAGAAUCUGACAGUCCUUCUUCUGGAGUUGGAGAUUGGAUCAGAUGACCUUCAUCUUUCACAUUUUAUGAGUAGCUGGUGCCUUCAGCAUCACAUAUGACUGCAAGUCUGGCAUAUGGGAGCAAAGCGAUUUUCCAAAAUAUAUUGUGACAAAAGACGAAGCCCAACUCCCAGGUUCAACCAAAGGAACCGAAACAUAACCGUGGCUUUUCUCGCUCCCGGUACUCCAGGCGGCUACACCAUACGUUCCCGUGCCUGCAAAGAAGAAACCUGCGCGCCUCUAUGUAACGUGAUGAAGCACUUCAGACGUCAAUCCGGGAGGUUUGUUUUCCUUCGGAUCCGGGCAUGCGAAGCCGCAGCCGCCAUCUUUGUGUCGGGCAACAACAGCGCCGAGGGAAAAGCCCUCUUUUUAUCUCUUGGCAGAGGCGCAGCCGCGCGGGGAGGGCACGUGGGGCUCGGGCGCCUCUGAUUGGCGGGGCCUGGGAGGCGCUGCUGGUUGCUCGGUUGCCGGGGCUGUGGUUGGUAUGUAGGCGAAGGGAGCGUCCAGUUUCGGGACAGAGGCGUCUUCCCUGCAGCGAGAGGAGCUGGCGCCGCCCGAGCGUUGUCACCGCCGGCAUGAGGAAGCGGAACGAGGCCGUCAGUUUGGAGCAUGAGCGCUUCAGCUCCUCCGCCCCGGCGGCGCCGACGGGCCCGGUCGGGACCUCCUCUUCCUCCUCUUCCUCGCACCCGGAGAAAGGUUUCAGCUUGAGAACGAGCCUGCGUUUCCCUUGCGGCGCCCGGCCUGCCGCCGGAGACUCUGGCAUGAAGCGAACGUCGGGCAGGAGACAUGGGAUGUGGUAUCGGUUGCGGAAAGUAGUAAUCUGGUUGUUGGGAGUAUACAUAGCCAUUCCAUUUCUAGUUAAACUUUGUCCUGCUAUUCAGGCAAAGCUCGUCUUCCUAAAUUUUGUGAGAGUGCCCUACUUCAUUGACCUGAAAAGGCCCCAGGAUCAAGGUUUAAACCACACCUGUAAUUACUACCUGCAGCCAGAAGAAGAUGUAACUAUUGGAGUCUGGCAUACAGUUCCUACUGUUCUGUGGAAAGAUGCUCAUGGCAAGGAUCAGCCGUGGUAUGAAGAUGUUUUGGGUUCAAACCACCCUGUCAUCCUCUAUUUACAUGGAAAUGCAGGGACCAGGGGAGUGUAUCAUCGUGUAGAACUUUAUAAGGUAAGAACUGCAAGACUGUUUUUCUUGUACUAUCACAGCAUUUCCUGGGAUGGGUAUGGCUGGGGAGAUUCAAUAGGCAGUCCCUCAGAGAGUGGAAUGACCUACGACGCACUUCAUGUUUUUGACUGGAUAAAAGAGUGGAGUGGAGAUAAUCCAGUUUACAUAUGGGGGCACUCCUUAGGCACUGGGGUUGCAACCAACCUAGUAAGACGUCUUUGUGAGAGAGAAACACCCCCAGAUGCCCUGAUAUUAGAGUCGCCUUUUACAAAUAUACGGGAAGAAGCAAAGAGCCAUCCCUUUUCAGUGAUAUAUAGAUACUUCCCAGGAUUUGACUGGUUUUUUCUUGACCCUAUAACAUCAAGUGGAAUUAAGUUUGCAAAUGAUGAGAAUGUGAAACACAUUUCCUGUUCUCUGCUUAUUCUUCAUGCUGAAGAUGAUCCUGUAGUUCCAUUUCAUCUUGGAAAGAAGUUGUACAAUAUUGCUGCCCCAUCUCGGAGCUUCCGUGAUUAUAAAGUACAGUUCGUUCCAUUUCACACAGACCUAGGCUAUAGGCAUAAAUAUAUCUACAAGAGCCCAGAACUACCUCGAAUAUUACGGGAAUUCCUGGGAAAAACUGAACAUAAGCCUCAUCAUUGAAGACUGCCUGUGUGGUGCACUUAAAAUUGUGUCCUCUUAGAAAAGAAGAAGAAAAAGUAUGCCAUUCUUUUAAACCCAGGCACAGGAUAAGUCACAGUUCCCUGCUUCAGUCCUAAUGCAUAUCCUUGGAAUCUCAGCCCGUGGGACAGUAGAUAGGAAGAAUGAAUGAAUGUAGCGGCUUCUGUCCCUUUCCCCCUUUUUUCCCUAGGGAAGAAGCGAACCGAACAAAUUGAAAUAAUGAAGUUCAAGCACAAGAAAAGACUUGGUUUAAAAACACCUGAAUGUUGUGAACAUUCCUACAAAUGUGUGCUAGGUCACAAUAGCGCUUUACAAGACAAGAAACUUGCACUCAGCAGCGCAAAUGGACUGUGGUUAAAAAUGUAACCGUUAGUUUAGCACUGCACCUUGUGGACUUGAGUUGCAGGCCUUUUUCAUAUAGAAUGAGGGAUAUUUUUCUCCUGUCAGUUAUCUAUUUUGGGCGUUGGAGAAAAUGAUGGCCUGUUUUGGCUUUUAAAAUUACUAGAGAAAUCAGAGAUAGAAUGUUUGCAAGAAGGCAUUUCAGAGUGAAAAUGAAGGAUGUAUCUGCUUGGAAAAUAGGCAUCUAUUUAACAGUUAUAAUUCAGUAGUAAAUAAUUUUCCUUUUCUCUGUUGCCUUGCUUUCAUGUUUCUUAGCUGUCUCACAUCUAUAGAUAUAUAAAAUCUUUACUAUACCUCAUACAGAUGCAUCCUGUUUAAGAUUCUUUCUGCUGAUUUCCAAACCAUUUUCUUUAGAUGUGUUCAUCCCUAAGUGCUGUAAAAUGUAUUGACUACAAAUUACACACUCAGAUGAAGGACUCCUUUGGUAAAUGAGGUUAAACGUAGAAUAGAUGGAGUCUGUUUUUCCACUGUGGUGAAGAUGUCUUCCAGUCUCCUUUAAUAAUGAGACAUUUAAGCACUUUGGGGGUAAAAAGAAAAGUGAUAUCCAUCUUUAGGAGUCAUGAUGUUUGAAACCCCCAACCAUCCAUUUCCUACAGAAUACUCAGGUACAUUAGAGCUGGUCAGAAGUUUUCUUUUUCUUUUUAAAUGCAAGAGAUGUUACAUGAAUACUCUACAUUUCUAGGAAUAAUACUUUGGUUCUGACUUCCUAGAACUGAAAACAUUAACAUACAUGUGUGAAAGCCCAAGUUUUAUCUAAACCGACAAAGUGUGUUGAAAUCUAAACAGUUUUCUGUUAAUAUUUUAAUCCUUGUUUAUUGAUACAUCUUUUUCUAAGAAAAUUUAAUACUGGUUUUAGUUUGUUGCUUAUAUUAUUAGUAUUAAAAGCCUGAAGCAUACGAAAGCUUCCUGACCAGCUUAAAAUGUUCCCCUCACUUGGCAUAUGCCAAGCAUAAAAACUUGUUUCUCUUUUUUUAUUGUAGCAAACCAAUUCUUGCUGUUUUCAAAUUUAGGAGGUGGCAGGAUGGUAUCUCAUGGUAAUAAAUAAUGAGUCCGAUUUUCAUGUAUAUCUUUCUUACUAGUGCUGACCCCAUCAUGAAUGCAAUCAUUUAUUAGUCUCUUGUGUUCUGCUUCAAACAGUGAAGAUCAUAGCAUUUAAUAAGGCAAGGUACACACAUGUAGGCUCUGGCACCUGCCUGCAGACUUUUUGCUAGCUUCUUUCUGUGAGCAGCAAAAUGUAGCCAUGAAACAAUAAUUAAAGGUAAUUUAAGUCUCGAAAAAGCUAGGCUAUGACACCAUGGUUUAAAGUUGGUUUUAUAUCAUGGCUUGUCUGGAAGCAGUCUUGGUUCCUGUUUUGUUUGUAAGGGGCAUUGCCAUCCUGACUGACUUGCUUUGCUCGCUCAUACGAAAGGGAGGAGUGGAGUGGCUUUCUGUGGCGCCCUUUAGAUUACCAGUAUCUUGACUGAUGUUUGAUUAUUGCAGACUUGAUUGAAAUGUGAUCACCUUAGAACAAUGGUUGCAGUUUCUGGAUCCUGUUUUGGGCAGUUGUAAAAUGAACUCUAUUAUAAGGAUACCAGAUAGUGGACCAAUAGAGCUAUUUGUUGUUUGCCUGUAUGUUGUUGUAUUAAUUUUUCAAAAAUAUCUUAUCUAAUAUGGCAAGGAUUGAAGGCCACUUUAAUGACCUGUGAGGAUUGCUGGAGCAGAGAGCAUGAAGACUCAGGUGGCCUCCAGGCUCUAUCUGAAACCUGCCAUUUCCUAUUUCGGUACUGGUCCUAUAAGCCCAAAUAAGUCUUCAAAAUAGUCUUUCUGUAUUUGUCGGCUUUAAGAUUUAAAGUCACAAUUCGAGUGUCAUACACAUGACACAUGGAGCCCUGCCAUGGCCAAAUUUGAAGCUUUGUGAGCAGCAGUCAGGUUAUGAUAAGCAAUAUGACUGUUAAGUUCAAACUGAUUGCUUCUCAGUAGCCCCUUACUUUACCGGAUUUGGCUCUAAAGUGGAUAGUUCUGUAAACAUGCCAUAUUGAACAUAGUUUUUAGACACUAGUAUUCAGAAAUGAGUUCAUAUUUACAUAUAUAGCAGGUACAGUUUGCCAAUAUUGUUUGUAUACAAAAUACAUGGAUUUUGCAUGCAUCAAGACAUACUUACAAAUCAGGCAAUAGUUUGUUCUCUUUGUUGAGACUCUUCUGUUGUAGCAAGGUCUAACACAAUUGUGAUUCAUGGUAAUCAUGUAUUAUGGUCCAUAAAAUUACAUCUCUCUCCCUUUACAGGCACAUGCAUAUACAUGCAAAUGAAAAUGUGUUUUGGUUUACUGCACUAAUAAAAAGAAACACUAUUUUGUUGAAGUAAAUGGAACAUUCCAUCUAGUGCUGCUGCUGCUCACCUCGGUGUUGGUAAAUAUACAAACCAAUGUGGAAAUUACAAUUCCUCCCAUUCAAAAACAAUUAGAUUCCAAAGCAUACACUAGUGUGGUUUAUUUUGACACAUAUGUUCCAAUUAUUUGGCCAGUAACAUGCAUUGGAAUGGAAAUGUUUAUCAAAAAAUAAAAUGUGUGUAGUUUUAAUAAAGCAAAUGACCUCUAAUUUA